CUGCCCUCUCUUUUGUACUUGUAUACUUGACACUGGAAUGUCGCUACCUAAAAUCCCCACCAAUGAAGAAUUCUUCGAACGCCUGCGAAUCGCGUCGCCAAACGCGUUCGAGCAGGUGUAUAAGAACGCGAAGAAGUUGGAGGAUGCUCUGCGAAAAGGUGACCAGGCGAAACUGGAAAAGAUGGAUUUUAGUACGGAGCCUAUGUGUGCGCGAUGUGGAACGGCGUGUAUUGACCCGAGGACUCGUGUGAAAAAGGCUUUGGUUUGUUCUCAAUGCAAGAGCACCAUUUAUUGCGGAGGGAAGUGCCAAGCGGAAGACUGGAAGACUCCCCUCGUUCCCAAUGCCCUUCCUCAUAAAAAAUGGUGUGCGAGAAAUAAAGUACAUCCACGUUCAUUGGUUUUCAUGUCUCGUCAUGCCGAUUUCCGAGCUGUGUUCGAGCAGUUCCCUUGGUCACGCAUCGAGUCGGAUGGCUCCUUCGCUCUCGACCUCUACAAAGCCCGUCAGUCACUUCUCGGCAGUGACCUAUCCUUUGGCUAUUGGCGUGUUUCAGGUGGUCCAGAAAUCCAUGACAUGGGCUUCUCCGUGAUGCAGCAGCUCUUCAACGCACCCCCCGAACUCCAACAAUAUCUCAGCACCGGCGAACCGACGAAAAAUUACCCACCCAAACUCAAGCCCGGAGAGAAGCCAUACAUCCAUGGCGGCGUCAUGCUGGAAGAUUCGUGGCCUACGGAUGUAGAAGCCUGGCACUUCAAAGACGAAAGCUGGGUGCCGAGGUUGUUCUUUGGUGGCAGUGAUGCGGCGAACGAUGAACCACCUAUGAAGCCGAAGCCGGGCCAGGUGAAGGAUUGGAAGAGUUGGUAUGAGUGGAGAGGGCUAAGCUUACAGUCGCCGGCAGCGUUGUUGAUGGACGCACCGCUUUCGACGUACCAUUUGUUGGUGAAUAUUCUCAAGGUAGCAGACACGGCUGGUGCGGAUCCGCAAAUGCUAGAGGUUCAUUAUCUCGGGGUGGAGAUUGAGAUGAACUUCCUUCCUUUGUUCUCUGAACUCGCACUCCUCCUUCCGAACACUCAUAUAGAGUUCACUGUAUUCGGAAAGCCAGCCUACGACCUCGUCAAGAGUGCUCGGAAAUCGCACCCAUCAUCUCUCGCUACUCAAGACAUUGUAUGGUCGUACAAGGCACCAAAGCGCAGUGGUGGAGGAUCCAUCAACAUACGGUUGUAUUCCAAAGAGGAGUACUGGACCUUCGAUGGACUGCAGAGAGGAGAUUAUAAGGUCCCUGAUGCAAUCAUUGCUACCAACGCGGGUCUUAUGAGCUACCCACCUUGGCCUGAAGCUCAAGGUGUCGCCGCCGGACUCGACAUUCCCUUCGCCGCCACCGAAUACGCUGAACAGUCGAUGAUCCUGGCUAGCGAGUCUCUUCCACAAUUCUUCAAGGAUAUGAUAUCACAGAACCUGUACGCAUCGCCGGAGUUCAAGCAGAACUUGAGUAAGCACGGACAGAGAUCUUGUCCUGUGACGGUCAAUCCUUUCCAUCGGCCUGGCGCUAGGUCUGGGAUUACCAAGUGGGUCAUGCCCAAUUAUUAUAACGGGUUCGUCUUGCCCGUUGUGUUAAAGGCUUAGAGCCAUCACGGAAAGUGACAUAUAUAAUUGGUGGGUGAGGGACCCGGAAGUAAUCUGCUUUGUAUCUUUUCUUGCGUUUUGUAGCUUGCACCUGUGGGACGAGACGUCCAUUGCUUGUAUCUUGAACUAUUUGUAAUACCGAG